UGGAUCUGGGGCCUGAGAACUCAAGCUCUGAGCUACUAUCCUGGGGCCCCAGAAGGAGGUGGCUGCUCUAAAGCUCCUGACUCAGCUGCAUGGGGAGAUGGGGGCCUCAGGGCUGACAGUGACCCCAGACUCCAUCAGGGCCUUUCUGAGUCAGGGCCGAAGGCCAAAAGGAAGGAUUGGUCGGCACAGGCUUCCCUGCUGUGGCACACCUGCCCGGGUCCAUAUGCCCAGACCCAGGGUCCUGAGUGUGGAUAGAGCUGACCAGUGGAUAGGUCAGCCCAUCUUUAGGCUGACCUUAGAGGACCUGGAAGGCUUGCCAGCCUGUAGGUGACAUGAGCUGGUAACUGUUGUUCCUACCCUAGCAGAGAGCAUUUCCAGGAUUGUGGUCCUGGCCAAGAGCAGCUCAACCAGGGGGCCCAAGGCCAGGCCAGACCCUGGCAUGCCUGCCUCCCCCACCCCCGGAGCCUUAUUACCCUGCCACCCCACCCCACCCUAGGCUCUCCAUCAUCCAAGACCAGUCUCAAGGCUGCUUAUGAGGGAUGAGCUGGGAAUGGGGGGGGGAGAGAGAAGGAAAUGUGUCAGGAACUGGAAGCAGGUAAGUGUGGGGGUUGAGAGCCUGAAUUGAGCUAGCCUGGUCCAAUCCGAGCUGUGGACCUCGGGCAUGUGACUGCUUAGCUUUUCUGCACCUGUUUCCUUGUGGGCUUGGUCAUAAUAAAUGGUCUCUACACAUAGGAUGGUUGUAUGAUUAAAUGAGUUAAUAUACAUAAAGCCCUUGGGCCAGAGCCUGCUCAGAGUGUUGUGUCAGUGUUGGCAAGAGUUGAGAUUAACCAUAGCCACCUUCCCAUUCAGGACUGCUGGGUGGAGGGCAGGCCCGGGGCUGGGCAGGGCUGGUUCUUUUGGUUCAGGCUUAGGGUUGGAGGAGUUGCUCCAGCCACCCCUUUGGCCCUUAUCUCCUCUAGGCUCAUUAGCCUGCAGCAGCGUGUCCCUGUCUCCCCACUUUGCAGGCAAAGGUACCUGGAACCUGCCUGCUCACCAUUCGUGUCCUGCAGGCCCGUGGGUUGCCCUCCAUGGACCUAGUGACCCCCUCUGACUGCUAUGUAACACUGUGGCUGCCCACGGCCUCUAGCCACAGGUUGCAGACACGCACAGUCAAGAACAGCAGCAACCCCAUCUGGAACCAGAGCUUUCACUUCCGCAUCCACAGUCAGCUCAAGAACAUUGUGCAGCUGCAAGUCUUUGACCAGGACUUCCUGACCAGUGAUGACCCCAUGUUGUCAGUGCUGUUCGAUGUGGGGACAUUGCAGGCCGGGGAGUUCCGCCGUGAGAGCUUCUCACUGAACCCUCAGGGUGAGGAGCAGCUGGAAGUUGAAUUUCGUCUGCAGAGCUUGACGGACUGUGCUGAGCACCUUGUCAGCAAUGGCAUCCUGGUGGCUCGGGAGCUCUGCUGCUUGCAUGUUCAGCUGGAGGAGGCAGAGGACCAGAAGGAGUCAAAGGGCAGAGUUCAGCUUGCGGUUCCUGGGUCCUUUGAGGGUCCACAGGAGGCUUCAGUGGGUGCUGGCUCUUUCUGCUUCCACUGCCCGGCCUGCUGGGAGCAAGAGCUGAAUGUUCACGUGCAGGAUGCCCCCCAAGAGCAACUGAAGGUGCCCCUGAGGGCCCUGCCCUUUGGCCAAGUGGUGAGGCUCGUCUUCCCCAUGUCCCAGGAGCCCCUGAUGAGGGUGAAGCUGAAUAAAGAACAAGGACCAAGGGAGCUGGCUGUGCGGCUUGGCUGCGGGCCCUGUGCCGAGGAGCAGGCCUUCCUGAGCAGGAGGAAGCAGGUGGUGGCCAGGGCCCUGACGCAGGCCCUGCAGCUGGACGGAGACCUGCGGGAGGACGAGAUCCCGGUGGUAGCUGUCAUGGCCACUGGUGGUGGGAUCCGGGCAAUGACUUCCUUGUAUGGGCAGCUGGCCGGCCUGAGGGAGCUAGGCCUCUUGGAUUGCAUCUCCUACAUCACAGGGGCCUCAGGCUCUACCUGGGCUUUGGCCAACCUCUACGAGGACGCAGAGUGGUCUCAGAAGGACCUGUCAGGGCCCACUGAGUCACUGAGGACCCAGGUGACCAAGAGCAAGCUGGGCGUGCUGGCCCCCAAGCAGCUGCGGCGCUACCAGCAGGAGCUGGCCGAGCGUGCUCGCCUGGGCUAUCCGACCUGCUUCACCAACCUGUGGGCCCUCAUCAAUGAGGCACUGCUGCAUGAUGAGCCCCAUCACCACAAACUCUCAGACCAGCGGGAGGCCCUGAGUCGUGGCCAGAACCCUCUGCCCAUCUACUGUGCCCUCAACACCAAGAGGCAGAACCUGACCACCUUUGAAUUUGGGGAGUGGUGCGAGUUCUCCCCCUACGAGGUCGGCUUUCCCAAGUACGGCGCCUUCAUCCCCUCUGAGCUCUUCGGCUCCGAGUUCUUCAUGGGGCGGCUGAUGAAGCAGCUUCCUGAGCCCCGUAUCUGCUUCCUGGAAGGUAUCUGGAGCAACCUAUACGCAGCCAACCUUGAGGACAGUUUAUACUGGGCCUCAGAGCCCAGCCAGUUCUGGGACCACUGGGCACAGGAUCGGGUUGGCUUGGAAAAGCAGCAAGUCCCCCUUCUGAAGAUAGAAGAGCCUCCCUCAGUGGCUGGCAGGAUAGCUGAGUUUUUCACUGACCUUCUGACACAGCGCCCACUUGCCCAGGCCACCCACAAUUUCCUUCGUGGCCUCCAGUUCCAUAAGGAUUAUUUCCAGAAUCCUUAUUUCUCCUCCUGGAAAGCUACCAAACUGGAUGGGCUCCCCAACCAGCUGACACCUGCAGAGCCCUACCUUUGCCUUCUGGAUGUUGGCUACCUUGUCAACACUAGCUGUCCACCCCUCCUGCGACCCACUCGGGAUGUGGACCUCAUCAUUUCGCUGGACUAUAACCUGGGUGGAGCCUUUCAGCAGCUGCAGCUCCUGGGCCGGUUCUGCCAGGAGCAGGGGAUUCCAUUCCCGCCCAUCUCGCCCAGCCCUGAGGAGGGGCACCAGCCGCAGGAGUGCCAUCUGUUCUUGGACCCCGACCACCCUGAAGCCCCUGCUGUGCUGCACUUCCCCCUGUGCCCUCACCCCACCAUGCCUGGGCUGCACUGUCCCCAACAGGGGUCCGGCGCACAGCUGAGGAGGCGGCGGCUGGUGAGGUGAACCUGUCUUCAACCGACUCCCCGUACCACUACUCGAAGAUGACCUACAGCCAGGAGGACGUGGACAAGCUGCUCCACCUGACACAUUACAAUAUCUCCAACAACCGGGAGCAGCUGCUGGUGGCCCUGCGUGAGGCCGUGCAGCGGCGGAGGCAGCGUGGGCAGCACCAGCCGGAGUGAGGGUGCAGCAGGGGACGGUGCCCUGGCCUCGGCUCCCACCCAGCCCCCAUGGCCCUGGCUCUUUUUUCAGGCUCACUCCCAGUCUGCCUGGCUGCUCUGGUUGAGUUGGGGUGGAGAACUGUAGGGCCCUGAGGGAUGUAGUCUCUCUGUACACACCCCCUAUGUGACCCUGAAGCCACCAGCAGCCCUGCUACAGACACCCCCAGGUAGGCCCUCCGCAGGCCAGGAGGGAGGCGCUGUCUCACUGGCUACCAGCUGCAGGGCUUACUGGGGCCUGGCCUGUGUUGCUGGCUGGGGAGGGCUUCCUCUUCGAGUAAGGAGAGGAUUCAGGGGUUCUGUGGCAGCCAGGGGCAGAGAUGGGGUUAGCCCAGAGCACUGUUGGCUGUAUUUACGUACGCUCUCAGAGCUCAGUGAUUUCUUUCCUUGCUACCUUGAGUAACUACUUUAUAUAUUACAGAGUCACAUACAAACGUGUGGUGCUGA